GGCCCAGGAUGUUCUCCGGCCGGGUUCUGCGGGCCUGGUUCUUCUCCGUCUUCCUGCUCUGUUCUCCGGUUCCUCACGACGGGCGUCCCCUCCAGACCCCGAGCAGCAGAACGAGGCGCUCUGUGACCCACACGCAGCUGAUGCACGAUAAGAGCCGGACUCUGCAGGACUUCAGGAGGCGGCUCUGGAUCCAGGAGCUCCUGGGGGUCCUGCACACGGCAGAGACCCACAACACGCAGACUGGGACCAGUACUGGGGGGGUGGGCCUGCCCGGGGUCCACCCCAGUACUGCUGGGACCGUCCCCAACUCCAAGCCCACCGGAGGAACCAAGAACCUCCCCGUCAGCUCGCAGCCAGAGGAGGACGAGGACUCGGUCCUGCCCCAGGAGACCAACAAGUCCCAGACCUACGAGGGACCCCUGAAGGGUCCCGGCAGGAGGAAGAAGAAAGGGAGGUCCGGGAGGAGGAGGGAGGAGAGGAGGAAGAGGAGGGAGCGCUCCAUCCUGAAGGAUGAAGAUGAGCCUGGACUCCACCUGGUGUGGAGGUCUCUGCUGGACCUGAGGAGGGUCCAGUGACACCGUCAGACCCUGACCACGAAACAUCUGGACUCCUGAACUGGUGACGUUUGGACAGAAACUUUAUUUAUUCUUGUAAAUAAUGAAAACUGACAGAAUUCUUUCUGUUUCUAUUUAUUUGAUCUAAAUCUUGUAUUUAUUACUCAAAUCUGGAGCUAUUUUUCUACCAUAAAGCACUUUAGAUCUUCUGUGUUCUGCUCCUGGUCUGGACCCGCUUCAUGGUUCUCCACAGUCCUGGUUUUUGGACAGAAACCGGCUCAGCUGGACCCAGCUGGACCUGACCCGGCUCAGCUGGACCCGGUUCUGUAUUUUUGGCUCUUGCACUGAAUGAAUUAAACGCUCCAUGUAUCAAA